GCGAGGCCCAGGAGCGGCUCCAGGGAGGGGACGCGUCCUAUCUCAGGCCGGGGUUAAAGUUCUGGUCCCGGUGAGAUGCUGGAAGCUGCUGCGGGAGCCGCAACGCGCCCGGUCGCCGUCCCGUCGCCAGCCCCCGCCGUCCCGGGCCAUGAUCGCCUGGCGUCUGCCCUUGUGCGUGCUCCUGGUGGCCGCCGUCGAGAGCCACCUAGGGGCUCUGGGGCCCAAGAACGUCUCGCAGAAAGACGCGGAGUUUGAGCGCACCUACGCGGACGACGUCAACAGCGAGCUGGUCAACAUCUACACCUUCAACCACACCGUGACCCGCAACCGGACCGAGGGCGUGCGAGUGUCUGUGAAUGUCCUGAACAAACAGAAGGGGGCGCCUUUGCUGUUCGUGGUCCGCCAGAAGGAGGCUGUUGUGUCCUUCCAGGUGCCCCUAAUCCUGCGAGGGCUAUAUCAGCGUAAGUACCUCUACCAAAAAGUUGAACGAACUCUGUGUCAGCCCCCCACCAAGAAUGAGUCUGAGAUCCAGUUUUUCUAUGUGGAUGUGUCUACCUUGUCACCAGUCAAUACCACUUACCAGCUCCGAGUCAACCGUGUGGACAAUUUUGUGCUCAGGACUGGAGAGCUCUUUACCUUCAAUACCACGGCAGCCCAGCCCCAGUACUUCAAAUAUGAGUUUCCUGAUGGCGUGGACUCUGUCAUCGUCAAGGUGACCUCCAAGAAGGCCUUCCCCUGCUCAGUCAUCUCCAUCCAGGAUGUCCUGUGCCCUGUCUAUGAUCUGGACAACAAUGUAGCCUUCAUCGGCAUGUACCAGACUAUGACUAAGAAGGCAGCCAUCACUGUGCAGCGGAAAGACUUCCCCAGUAACAGCUUUUAUGUGGUGGUCGUGGUGAAGACUGAGGACCAGGCCUGCGGGGGGUCUUUGCCCUUCUACCCUUUUGUGGAAGACGAACCAGUGGAUCAAGGGCACCGUCAGAAAACCCUGUCAGUGCUGGUCUCUCAGGCUGUCUCAUCUGAGGCCUAUGUUGGUGGAAUGCUCUUUUGCCUGGGCAUAUUCCUGUCCUUCUACCUGCUGACUGUGCUGCUGGCCUGUUGGGAGAACUGGAGGCAAAGAAAGAAGACUUUGCUGCUGACCAUAGACCGAGCCUGCCCAGAAAGUGGUCACCCUCGGGUCUUGGCUGAUUCGUUUCCUGGCAGUGCCCCUUUUGAGGGUUACAACUAUGGCUCCUUUGAAAAUGGUUCCGGAUCCACUGACGGGUUGGUUGAAAGCACAGGUUCAGGGGACCUCUCCUACAGUUACCAGGGACACGACCAGUUCAAGCGGCGCCUUCCCUCUGGCCAGAUGCGGCAGCUGUGCAUUGCCAUGGACCGCCCCUUUGACGCAGUGGGCCCACGGCCACGACUGGACUCCAUGAGCUCCGUGGAAGAGGAUGACUAUGACACACUGACUGACAUCGACUCAGACAAAAACGUCAUUCGAACCAAGCAAUACCUCUGUGUGGCCGAUCUGGCACGAAAGGACAAACGUGUUUUGCGGAAAAAGUACCAGAUUUACUUCUGGAACAUAGCCACCAUUGCCGUCUUCUACGCACUUCCUGUGGUGCAGCUGGUGAUCACCUACCAGACGGUGGUGAAUGUCACAGGGAACCAGGACAUCUGCUACUACAACUUCCUCUGUGCCCACCCGCUGGGCAACCUCAGCGCCUUCAACAACAUCCUCAGUAACCUGGGGUACAUCCUGCUGGGGCUGCUCUUCCUGCUCAUCAUCCUGCAGCGGGAGAUCAACCAUAACCGGGCCCUGCUGCGAAACGACCUCUACGCUCUGGAGUGUGGGAUCCCCAAACACUUUGGUCUGUUUUAUGCCAUGGGCACUGCACUGAUGAUGGAGGGUCUCCUUAGUGCCUGUUACCAUGUCUGCCCCAACUAUACCAACUUCCAGUUCGAUACCUCGUUCAUGUACAUGAUUGCUGGCCUCUGCAUGCUGAAACUCUAUCAGAAGCGGCACCCAGAUAUCAACGCCAGUGCCUACAGCGCAUAUGCCUGCUUGGCCAUCGUCAUCUUCUUCUCCGUCCUGGGCGUGGUUUUUGGCAAAGGGAACACAGCCUUCUGGAUCGUCUUCUCAGUCAUCCAUAUCAUCUCCACCCUGCUCCUCAGCACCCAGCUCUAUUACAUGGGCCGCUGGAAGCUGGACUCCGGAAUCUUCCGCCGCAUCCUCCAUGUGCUCUACACAGACUGCAUCCGCCAGUGCAGCGGGCCCCUUUACACGGACCGCAUGGUGCUUCUGGUCAUGGGCAACAUUAUCAACUGGUCGCUGGCUGCCUACGGACUCAUCAUGCGCCCCAAUGACUUCGCCUCCUACUUGCUGGCAAUCGGCAUCUGCAACCUGCUGCUUUAUUUCGCCUUCUACAUCAUUAUGAAGCUCCGGAGCGGCGAGAGGAUCAAGCUCAUCCCCCUGCUCUGCAUUGUCUGCACCUCCGUGGUCUGGGGCUUUGCGCUCUUCUUCUUCUUCCAGGGACUCAGCACGUGGCAGAAAACCCCCGCAGAGUCCAGGGAACACAACCGCGACUGCAUCCUCCUGGACUUCUUUGAUGACCACGACAUCUGGCACUUCCUGUCCUCCAUUGCCAUGUUUGGGUCCUUCCUGGUUUUGCUGACACUGGAUGACGACUUGGACACUGUACAGCGGGACAAGAUCUACGUCUUCUAGCAGCAUCUGUGGUCCAGGCUUCUCCUCUUGGGCCCAGCGCCUCGGCAUCGCCUGCCAGUUGCCACCCAAGCACCAAGGGCAUGAGUCCCAGCUCCGCUGCCCGGCAUUGGAUGUUGUGGCAAGACAGCGCGAUUCCAGCCCAGGCCUGACUCAGGACAGUUACUGUUGGCACUGAGCCUUGCAGUCACCUUUGCUGCGGAGGAGGCCUGCUCCGCGUUCCCCAGACACUGGCCAAAUUGCUGCUUUCUUCUCAGUGUUGGGUCCUCCCCAGGACCUCGUCUGUCCAUCUGUCUUGUUUAUCCACUGGCUCUCCAUUUGUCCCUUUGGAGAGGAAGGCGGGAAGGCAAUGUCUUGUCCUGUUUCACGCCUUGCAUUCUCCCCAUCCUUCCCUCCUCUCGGCCUAGGACACAGCCCUUUCUUCUUCCCAUGCUCUGCUCCAGGACUGUAGUCUGGUGCCUGAUUCUCUGUCCAGCACCAGGACCUAAGUUCUCCCUGGGUCUGGAGCUGGCUGCUAUCACUGCCCACUCUGGCCUGCCAGGAUGGAUGCAGGUAGGAGACUUUAGGGGCUGGCCAGCUGGUGCCAGGCUUUCGGUGCUAAGGCCCACAAGGGGCCUAGGUACGACCCUCCCCUCUGACCUGUGCUUGGAGCUGGCUCUUCAGCGGUGAGGGCCAGCCCAGGUUGAGUUUUCUGAUUUGGGGGCUGAAUUCAGAGGCCACCUCAUCCCACCAGCCACUAGAACGAUGCCAGCACCAGGGUUGGUGGGAAGUGGCAACGCACUGUCCCCUUCCUCACCCUCAGUCCUGCCAAGCCCCAGAUGGGGGCCUCUCAGUGCCAUUGACACUGCCCGAGAAUGUCCAGAGGCCAUGGAAUGGUGCCAAGCACACAGCCCCCUUUUGCCUCUUUCACGGGAGCAGGAGUCCCAGUGCCUGUCUUAGAAAGGGAGGGACAUGCCAGGUCCCUGUGUGUCCUUGGCCCUGUCUCACCAAAGGACUCAGGGCUGGUUUCUGAGUUUCCGUCCAGUAUUUAGCCAAGUUCUGUGUUAGUCACAUAGGUUUAAGAAAGCCUUGACGUUUACAGAGUCACCCAGCUCUGGCCCCUGGCCACUCUGGUCCUUGGCUACCUACCCUUCACUCCACCAGGUCCAUUCCAGAUGCCAAGAGUGGGCCCCAGGAAUGUGUUUCGUUCUCUUCACCAUGUUUUUCUAGCUCUUGGGCUGGGAGAAGAGGCAGGUCUGAGUCUUUUUCUGAGCUUUGUUCUGGGUCCCUCCAUGCUACGGUUGCAAUUCUGUUUUCUAUGAACAAGUGCAUUCAAUAAAGAACCAGACCUGGGAUCUGGAGUCUGACUGA